AUGGCGGCCUCGGCUGCGAGUAUGGUCUAUGGUCCUAGUAGUCUCUGCUUCAAUGCUAUCUCUUAUUUGAUCAGUGCAGGGCAGAGCUACAGAAACAUCUUUACCAGUCUGACGCAGCUCUUCGAGGAUGUCUCGGACGUCCUUGAGAGAUUCGUUGUCUACCUGAAGAUGAAACAAGUGGACGAGCCUCUCCGGAAGAUCAUGCACAAGAUCCUCUUAUCAUUUGUCACUAUCUGCGAGCUGUCUGUGCAUGUCCUCCAGGGCAACAAGUUGCUGAAGUUUCUCAAGGUAUUGGCCUUCAAGGAAGAUGAUGAGGUUGGUGGUGCCAUUGCCAGUCUGAGAGAUCUUGUCGAACGAGAGUCCCAAAUGAAAACCACUCUUACCUAUCAACUUGUCAAAGACGGGUUUGGCGAAACUCAAGAUGCCAUACUUGGAGUGAAAGCAUCCGUGGACAGAAUGUUGACGGACAGCUUGGAACGAAAGCAAGUUGAGCUGAUCAAGGCCAAACUUGGCGUGCACAAGGAGGCUGAUGAACAAGUCAAAUCAUACCAGCGCCUCUUUUCCGAAGGUAUCCUGGGCAGUGGAAGCUGGAUACAUAAGAACAGACAUUUCAUCGAGUGGAACGAUCAAACCGCCACAUGGGACAGGCUCUUGCUCUUGUCGGCAAAUGAAGGGUAUGGAAAGUCCUUCCUCGUCACCACUAUUAUUCAUGACCUUGAGAAACGCUAUGCACGGUCUACCUCCGCCUCGUCACGAACGAUCAUCGCAUAUUAUUAUGUGGAGCAGCAAGGUCUCGGUCCCGGAAGAGAGCCUCUCAGUGAUCAAGGUAUGAAAUCCCUCAUCAGGGCGCUCAAGACGAUAGCAAUACAGCUAGUCCAGGACCCGAUUUAUCGGAAGGGCCUUGCUGCCAUCUGCGACAAGUGGAUUGAGCCUGAUAGCCCGGAAGAACUCUUCGCAAGGCUGUUCGAGCCAUGCUUGCGCAGCAGCGAGACUUUCUAUGUCAUACUGGACGGUGUGGAACCAUUGGGAGAAAAGAGUGUGAAGACGCUACGUGGUCUUCUGGAGACCAUGCAGGCACGGCACGCCCCGGAUCGGUUGAGUCACCUUAGAGUACUGCUCGCAGGUCGAUCAUCAGUCCUGAAAGCCUUCACGGAUGCUGUCCAUCUUAGGACCGUGGACAUCGACGUUGCCAGCAAUAAUGGCCCAGACGUAGAGCGCUUCAUCGCUGAUAGACUGGAGCGAAUGGAUUUUCUGCAUGGCAAGUCGGAGCAGGUCCAGAGUCUCCGCAAGGAAGUGUACACCAGUCUCUGUGAAGGUGCCUACGGCGACUUUAUCAACGUUGAGCUCCUCCUGAAAGAGAUAAGCACAAAACGCUGGCCGGCGGAAAUUCGAGAGGUCCUCGCGAACAAAUCUCAGAGAUCCGAUACGAUAGCUCGAGAAGUGAAACGGUGCAAUCAAAGCUUUCAGGCUCGAGAUAUCCAUGACCUCAGUGCCCUUCUUACCUGGGUAAUGUGUGCCAAAAGAACACUGACUGUUGAAGAACUGGAAGCUGUCCUUUUCCUGAGGAACAAGGAAGCUUCUCUGCGGUCGCUGUACGACCAGUUGCGGGAUCGAUACUCGGCAUUCUUUAUCGUUGAGAAGCCUGACUACAUGGAGCCGAACAAAGGUUCGGUCACAUUGGUAUCUGUUUCGAUUCGAGACUACUUUCGCCGCCUCCCUCAAUCGGAGCAAGAAGAGGAGAGCAAUCAGAAAAGCAAAAUUCAUCCCAGUGAGGUCAGAAUUCUUCGACACUUUUUGGACAGCGUGUGUGACGAAGACUUGUAUGCAAAGUUUGGCUUCGAGCAAUUCUUUGACCGGAAGUUGUCUUCGAAUACUGCAGUGGUCCAUGUCGACCUGGAAAAUGCUCACCUGACUGUACUCUUGGAUUGCUUGCAGACAAUACCUCAGUCUAGCGAAGUCGGACUGAAGGCCUUGUACCACUAUGCUUGCCGGUUCUUCGUGGCACAUUUGCAAGAGAUUGAUUUGACUACGGUGAGGCUCAGUGAUAAAGCGCAGAUCGGGCAGUGUCUGGUCGACAUGUUCAGUGAUCAGGGCAUCAUCGCCAAGUGGUGGAACAAGAAUCAGAUAGAGUCUCUUGCGCCGGAAUGGUUUUUUGCGGACAGCAAUGUUGACCUAGUGCUUGGUUGGCUGAAAGAUUCUGCUACGACCAAAAGAUGCACCCAAGUAGGGCAAGGCUGGGUCAAGACCUUGACAUCAAACGCCUCUCCCGAAGCCGACCUUAUGGAACAUAUCUCUCCACCUACAUUGCGGAUUGGAUCUUCUGCAGAUCAUGGGAGCUUGGAGGCAACCCGGUGCUUCUCGUGCGCAUGCUUGAUGCCUUUCUCCUCAAGGUACGUCUUCAUGUUUUCCCCCGAAGGGUUUGUGAUUGGAUUGGCGUCUCCUGGCACCAGAACGGCGGACAGAAAUGUAGAAAUUGUGUUCUGA